AUGUACCUGAUCACUGUGUUUGGGAACCUGCUCAUCAUCCUGGCCGUCAGCUCAGACUCCCACCUCCACACCCCCAUGUACUUCUUCCUCUCCAACCUGUCCUUUGUCUGCUUCACCUCCACCACCAUCCCAAAGAUGCUGUGGAACAUCCAGACACAGAGAAAAGUUAUAACCUAUGAAGGCUGCAUUAUGCAGAUGCAGUUUUCCAUGCUCUUUAUAGGAUUUGAUGUCUUCCUCCUGACAGUGAUGGCCUAUGAUCGCUUUGUGGCCAUCUGCCACCCCCUGCACUACACCGUCAUCAUGAACCCCCAGCUCUGCGGACUGAUGGUGCUGCUGUCCUGGAUCAUCAUUGUCUCGAUAUUUUAUUGUACAGGCUUAGGUGUUUAUCUUAGCCUGGCUGGUACUCACAGCUCACACUCAAGUGCAACAGCCUCGGUGAUGUACACUGUGGUCACACCCAUGCUGAACCCCUUCAUCUACAGUCUGAGGAACAAAGACUUAAAGAAAGGUCUGAGAAAACUCUUUGGAAAGGUGAUUUUAAAAGGUCCUAUUGUCAUAGAUCUUAAGAAUUACCUGUAG